AUCAUAUACUAACUCGUUUCCCAGAAUGGUUAAUAACGUGACAAACAAGAUGGCGACGUUCAUGCUGGGGCAGGUAUUAAACCCUUUAUUACUUUUAAUUUCUGUGAUCAGAACAUCAUUACUUUAUAUCAAAACAUUGAACUGUUAAUAACAAACAUCAUUUCUUGAUAUCAAUAAUUCGGGUCAAAAAAUUAUUUCAAACUUUGAGACUCUUUAAAAAAGGAGGUGUACAAACGAUGCAACCCCUCAUGAUAAUUUAACUGCGAAGGUUUUCACAGAACACCUGUUCUAACUAAAUUUCUCGAAAAGAAUGGAACAGUCUUUGCUUUGCUUUUAAUGUGUUCGUACCACUGUGGAAAAACCAGACCUUAUGAAAACAUUUUUUAAAACACACUAUUAUCUUUGGUUGGCCUAUUAAUCGUAUUAUAUACUCUGAAGUUUCCAGACAAGCACGAUAACGAAAAGCUCGCAACCACGUUGUGUUGAGUUUUGUUUUGCUACUGGAUUCUUCAACAUGAGGCUGCAGCUGACAUGUAUGUUUCUGUUAAAGAACAUAAUUCUGGCUACAUCAGCUAGAGAACCAUCGAGUCCGGCGUGUUCUCGUUAUGAUUACGAGGAACGCUUGUUGGAGAGAGUUUUGCGCAAUGAGCUUUCCAUCGAAAAUAUGUUAAAGGAAAUACGUGAGACGAAUGUUAAAGUGGAAUCUGCAUUAAAACUGAUGCAUGAGGACAGACACAACCUAGCAGCGUCGAAAGAAGAAAUGGACACAAAAAUAAAAGCCACACUACAUGACAGUCUUAAAAACAUGUCCGAUUCUGUUGCAUUUAUGAAACACUUGCAUGAAGAAAUGGGAACCAAAUUGAAUGAUGCAGUCAAUACCUCAAUGAUAAAUAUAUCUGAUGCUGUAGUCCAGAUGAAAGAAAAUUCGUCAAAAACUGGGUUGCAGUUGAAGAAGGAUAUCGACAUCUUAAAAGAACAGUUGACGAUUCCAUCGAUUUAUUUCCGCGUACAUACACCAGCAGACUUCAGUCUUGAUAAAGAUCAAGACGUAGUCUAUACCAAUGUGAGGGUCAAUGAAGGUCAAGGUUAUGACCCGAAAACCGGCAUUUUCACCGUUUCAGUCCCAGGAUUGUAUAUAUUUACAGUUCAAUAUUAUGUUGGUCCUUCAACAAAUGCUCAACUCGCGAUGGCCCAUCGAGGAAUUCAGAUACAGCUAACUUACACGGCACAAGUGAGCGGCAAUUACGCGACCUCUUCUAUGCAGGUCUUCGUCAGGGCCGCCAUGUCAGACCAGAUCUGGGUGGAAUCAAGAUCUAGCGGAACCCAGUUAUGUAAUGACGGUCCAUUCAAUUCGUUUACCGGUGCACUGAUUCAUAUGUAAACUAAUGCUUACUACUAUGCAAAGAAACUUGUGUUUUGAGAACGGGAUACUUUCUGACAAUAACCGAUAUGCAGACAUGGAAUAGUCUAUUUUAUUCUCUACAGUGUCUCUUAAUUAUGGUUACUUGUGUUUCUAUUUACAGGCAUGAUACCGGUAGAAUGUCGCGAACGUGUGACGUAGCCACAAAACUUUAUAUUUAUUAAGCUGGUGCAUGUAUUUAAUGUCUGAUCUUUUUAAUUCAAUUUUAACAAAAUAUCAAUGGAAUAUUAACAAUAAAAAACCGCCAGACGGUAUUUCAGUUUGUUUCAUGUUAAAUCCGUAUAAUUGGCAAGUAUGUUAUGCCCAGCGAAAAUUCGGUAAAUAAUCGGUUUGAGGAAUUGUUUUUGUGCGUGCUUACUUAGUUGUCGUGUUUAUCGUCAUGAACUUAUGUAAUGCAUUGACUAACUGUAUAUUUCCUAUUUGUCUAGGCUUUAUUUCACAACCGUAUGGUAUAUUUAAUAAGAUUAAAAUUACACAAAUAUUGUGUCGUAAAUGCAUAACACAUUUGCAUAACUAUAAAUACGCAAGACAAGCUGUUGUUAUUUUAAAUAAUGGCUUUCAUUCAUACAUAUACAGUGUAGCUUUUAUUUCGUAUCAAGCAAGUUCGCAAACAAUUGCAUACGUAGAAAAACGUCGAGACAACAUGAAUUAAAAAAUGUUCGCUUCCCGAUGUAUUUUUAAUUUUUAAGCUCGCGAAUUAAGAUUUACACACUACUCACACAGAUGGGUUGAGUGCAACGGUUUUCAUAUUGCUAUAAUGAAGUUAUACUGGACUAUAAUCUAAUCAAAAACGCAAACGUAAAGCAUAAAAAUGUGUCUUUAGAAUGCCUUUAAAGAUCCAAACGUAUCAUAAGGUUACAAUAUGUUGUCAAUGGGUUAAACAUGCGUAACUCUUGGAAUAAAUACGGUAAAUAUG